UUAGUACUGUUGUACAGUUUGCGUGAAAAAUAUCUAAAUACAUUUCAGUUUACGAAAUUUUGGCUAAGACAAUUUUUGAAUUGUUUGUGUGAAUCAGAAUGGUUGGGUUAUGUCGGUUAUGUGCCGCUGUUCGUAAAAAGGAUAUGCUUAUUCCAAUGAACYUUGAUAUUUGCCAUAAAAUGAGGGAGUGCUUUGGAAUUGAAAUGUGUAACAGUGGUGAUAAGCUUCCCAAAUGUGYCUGCGGCCUCUGUUUAGAAACAUUGGAAAAUGCCUUUUCCUUCUUCCAGAAAGUAAAGGAGUCGCAGGAAUCAUUAGCUUUAUUAUUGAGUAGUUCAAAAGAUGACAAAUCUGAAAMUGUUAAUGAAGUUUGUAUUAGAUUAAACGAAAGUGAACUAACUAAUAGCCAAAUUACUGCGCAAUAUAUARAAUCGGUUAAAGAUGAAAUUAAAGGAGUUGACAUAGAGACCGAUAAUGUGUUGACAUUAGAUUCGAUGGAGCUUAAUAUACAAAUGAUACAUAGAUGUAUAGAAGAAGAUGGUGGGGAUAAAUAUAAAAGUUUGGAAAUUCUAAAUGUCAUGGAUGUCAAUAGUUCGUUGACUGAUAUGGAUGACAAAGUUGGAGGGGGGAGUCUCAGCCAACUUUCAGAAAACAGUACAGAUGUUAAGAUCGAAACAUACUUUUUGGAAGAUGUAGACGACGAUUUAGAAGAAGGGUCAGAGGUUAAUGCAGAAACCACGGAAGCAAAGUCGGGAGAGUUAAAUGAAAACAGUUUCAAACCUACAAUUAUUGAAAUCUUACCUGCCAACAAUUGUGUAACCACUUCUUCGAAGAGUUUUGAAACAACUGAAGUUAAUAAUGCUCAAGUAUACGAAUGGAGAUUAUAUACCUGGAUUUGUCAUUCUUGUUCUGAGAUUUGCGAAACUUUCGCUGAAUUGCUUUUACAUGCUAAAGAGAAACACGAAGUGCAAGAGGUCAAUUAUCUGCAAUACAAGUGCACUGAUUGUCAAAAAAUUUGUGCGCAUUAUAAUAAAUUUCUUAAUCAUGUGCGAUUCCGACAUCAUCCUGAAUUAAGUUUGCGUUGCGAUGCCUGCGAUAAUCAGCAGGAAUCUUAUCAACAAUUAUCUGCUCAUAGAGAAAAUUGUGCUGCAGCACAACAAUAUCCUUUAGUAGAUUUGUGUAAUAUAUGUGGAAAGAGUUUUCACAGUCGGAAUGCUACAUUAGUACAUUCACGUGCACAACAUAAUGAGGAACAUAGUGCCAAAUCCAAGAGUCAUCAAUGUACUCAAUGUGAUAAAAAGUUCAAACGAGUGGCGAAUCUGCGGGCGCACGAACAUAUUCAUUCAGGUUUAAAAGAGUUUGUAUGUGAUAUAUGUGAUCGGAAAUUUCGUCAGAAACAUAAUCUCGAAGUGCAUUUGUAUACACAUAUAAACGAACGARUUUUUGAAUGUAAAAUUUGCAAUAAAAGUUUGAAAACUUCAACAAGUUUGGAGAAGCACCAGCUAAUUCACAAAGAUAUCAAGAAGUUCGCCUGUGAUUAUUGUGAUAAAGAAUUUCGCACAAAAGAUGCAAAGCUUUCCCAUGAACGUAUACACACUGGGGAAAAACCUUUUAAAUGCAAGUACUGUGACCGGUGUUUUCGUUUUCGCAGUGGUUUAAUGGGCCACAUUAAUUUACAUACGGGSGAUCGUCCAUAUUCCUGUCAGGAUUGCAGUCGUCAAUUCACCAACUGGGGCAAUAUGAACAAACACAUGAAACGUUGUUCUAAACGCCAAAGCAGUGGAAAGAGUACGUAGUUAUGUAGUUUUAACGAUAACAAAGGAAAAACACUUCGAUUUGUGUGGUAAAGGUGUAUUUUUCUUAGAAAGUAAUMCACAGCUUAACAGUUAUUAUACAAUCAUUAUUAAAAAUACGCGUAUUCGCUUCUGGGUUGUKUUUGAAGUUACAACACAUCUACGCUUUGGUCAGUUUGAGCAACUAAUGUUAGACAUGUAAUAUUGUAUAAUAUAUCCAAAUAAUACAUCUAAAUAAUAAUAUAAGUGAAGACUUUGGUACAAA